GGAGAACAGCUGCGCAGGGAGGAUGGCUUUCGUGGCGCUGCGCUUGGUACUGUUGCUCCUGGCGGGGGACUUCGCAGCCUCUUCGGAUGCUGACCCUUCAGAGUAUAAGACACCAGACUGUGAUCGAUAUAGGUUACCAGGAUGUCCUAGGGACUUUAACCCUGUGUGUGGAAGUGACAUGACCACUUAUCCCAAUGAAUGUACUCUGUGCAUGAAAAUCAGGGAGGAUGGUCAUGAUAUCAAGAUCAUCCGAAGUGAGGCGUGCUGA